CGACAGAUACCAGAAGCGCACAAUGUCUUUCCGUGGUGGCGCUCGUGGAGGCCGUGGAGGCUCCUUUGGCGGACGUGGUGGUGGAGGAGGAUUCUCUCGCGGCGGUCGCGGCGGUGGUCGCGGAGGUUUCCAGCAGUCCUACGGCCCGCCCGACACCGUCCUGGAGAUGGGUUCCUUCAUGCACUCUUGCGAGGGCGAGAUGGUCUACGAAUCGAUCAACACCAAGAUCCCCUACUUCAACGCUCCGAUCUACCUCGAGAACAAGACUCCCAUCGGCAAGGUUGACGAAAUUCUCGGCCCUCUGAACUCGGUCUACUUCACGGUCAAGCCUCAGGAAGGCAUCGUCGCGACGUCUUUCAAGGCUGGCGACAAGGUCUACAUUGGCGGCGACAAGCUGCUGCCGCUCGAGAAGUUCCUUCCCAAGCCCAAGCCCCCACCAGGUGCGCCGAAGCCCAAGCGCGCGGGCGGAGCCAGCCGUGGCGGUCCGAUGCGCGGAGGUCGCGGAGGCCCGAGAGGCGGCGCGAGAGGAGGUCGUGGUGGCAGCUUUGGUGGCCGUGGUGGUGGUUUUGGCGGUCCCAGCAGAGGCGGUUCCAGGGGCGGCGGCUUCGGUGGCCGUGGUGGUGGUUUUGGUGCCCCGAGAGGCGGCAGAGGCCGUGGCCGCGGCUUCUAAGUACCCUCGGCCUAGGUAUCAGCUUUGUCCUUUACGGCUCAUGG